AGGAACUUCUGCAAAAAUGGCUGACCACGAAUACAACGCCGAGGAGGCUGCCGAGAUCAAGAAGAGAAGACAGUUCCGCAAGUUUUCUUACCGCGGUAUCGACCUCGACCAGCUCCUCGACCUCUCCUCCGAGCAGCUCCGUGAUGUCGUUCACGCCCGUGCCCGCAGACGCUUCAACCGCGGUCUGAAGCGCAAGCCCAUGGGUCUCAUCAAGAAGCUCCGCAAGGCCAAGCAGGAGGCCAAGCCCAACGAGAAGCCCGACCUCGUCAAGACCCACCUCCGUGACAUGAUCGUCGUCCCCGAGAUGAUCGGCUCCGUCGUCGGUAUCUACUCCGGUAAGGAGUUCAACCAGGUUGAGAUCAAGCCCGAGAUGGUUGGCCACUACCUGGCUGAGUUCUCUAUCUCUUACAAGCCCGUCAAGCACGGUCGUCCCGGUAUCGGUGCUACCCACUCUUCCCGUUUCAUUCCCCUCAAGUAAACGAUUUCAAACGAUUCCCCUUGGAGUGGCGUGUGGAGGAAAUGGUGCUGGGAAAGCAAAAAAUGGAAUUCAGCAAUAUUCGCAACUG